UAUUGAAUAUCAGAAAUGGGACUAUUUAGAUCAGACAAGGUGCAGUCUACUUUCCUCCACCAGGGACGUCGUCCCCGUAGGACUGACACUUCCCAGGGACAGCGGGGUCCCGGAAGGUUUCACCAGCAAGUGCUUGGGAUCGAGGAGAGCUCGAGUUCUGGAGUCUCUUUUCCCCCCACGGCCCGGAAAAGGAUCGCACUGGCCAGGAAGUUUUGCCUGGCAUCCCCGCAGCCCGGGCGGCGGCUCCAGGGUGACUUGCCGGCCGGGCCCGCGCCGCCGCCACACGCAGGCGGGGGCAGCUCGGGACGCGCGGCCGCAGCGGAGAUGAGCCCCGGGGCGCGGCGCGCGCGGCUCCUGCUGCUGCUGCUGCUCCUGCUCCUGUUCCUGCUGCUCCAGCUGCCGACCGUGGCCGCGCAGCGGCGGCCUCCGCGAUCCCAUUCUCUGCGCUACCUCUUCAUGGGUGCCUCAGUGCCAGACCUUGGGCUGCCCCUGUUUGAGGCCCGGGGCUAUGUGGAUGACCAGCUGUUCGUGUCCUACAGUCACGAGAGUCGCCGUGCAGAGCCUCGUGCCCAGUGGGUCCGGACAGGGGCUGCCAGCCAGCUGUGGUUACAGCUGAGUCAGAGCCUGAAGGGGUGGGAUCACAUGUUCAUCGUCGACUUCUGGACCAUUAUGGACAAUCACAACCACAGCAAGGUAACGAAGCUCGGGGUAUCGUCGGAGUCCCACACCCUGCAAGUGAUCCUGGGCUGUGAGGUGCAAGAGGACAACAGCACCACAGGGUUCUGGAAGUAUGGGUAUGACGGACAGAACCAUCUGGAAUUCUGCCCUGAGACGCUGGACUGGAGAGCAGCGGAGCCCAAGGCCCAGGCCACCAAGCUGGAGUGGGAAGUGAACAAGAUUCGGGCCAAACAGAACAGGGCCUACCUGCAGAGGGAUUGUCCUGAGCAGCUGCGGCAGCUGCUGGAGCUGGGAAGAGGGGUUCUAGACCGGCAAGUGCCCCCUCUGGUGAAGAUGACUCAUCAUGUGACCUCGGCAGUGACCACCCUCCGGUGUCAGGCUCUGAGCUUCUACCCCCAGAACAUCACCAUGAAGUGGCUGAAGGACAGGCAGCCACUGGAUGCCGAGGAUGUUGAGCCUAAGGAUGUGCUGCCCAACGGGGAUGGGACCUACCAGAGAUGGGUAGCCUUGGCUGUGGCCCCUGGGGAAGAGCAGAGAUACACCUGCCAGGUGGAGCACCCAGGCCUGGAUCAGCCCCUCACUGCCAGUUGGGAGGCCCCGAUGUCCGGCACCCUGGUCGUUGGCAUCAUCAGUGGGAUUGCUGUUUGCAUCAUCGUCCUUUUUACUGGAAUUCUGUUCAGAAUCUUAAGAAAGAGGCAGGCUUCAAGAGGAGCCAUGGGUGACUACGUGCUGGCCGAAUAUGAAGAAAAUGAAGCACGGAGUGUCUCACAGCCUGCCAGGGCUAGAGGCAGAUUUCCAGCUCAUCAGUCUGACUCUGAUCCAUCUCACACGCCACUGCAUCCAGACGGUUGAACUGUGCCCAGGAAAUGGAAAAAGGAGGGACAUGGCUCUUCUGUGGUCCCAGUGUUUUACUGCUCAGUGAGCUUGACCAAGAUGGAGGGCAACAGCAGAAAAUAAGCUCAGUCAUUUCCUUUCAAAGUCUCUGGUGAGAGAACUCCAGGAUGUGGAUCUCACUGGUCUGCCACCACCCGUCUGCUCUGUCUGGCAUCUGUCCUAGGCCCCAGGGUCAGGACGGUGAUCGGUGGUGCCAGUUAGUGGUUAUGGUGGACCUUGAACUAUUUUCGCUCUGCUGGUGCCUCCAGAGUCAGAACCCUGGUGGCAUUUCCCUCCAUGAAACAGAGCAACCUCUGUCAUAUUAAAGAUGGCAAAAUGGAAGCCACUGAGUGGCCUGGAGAUACCCUGGCAUCUUCCUGGGGUUCCCAGGAGUCUGGUUCUCUUCCCCAAUUGUGCAUAUUAAAAAAAGAAACCUAUAGGGAUGUCUGGGUGGCUCAGUCGGUUAAGUGCUUAAGCGUCUGCCUUUCAGCUCAGACUGUGAUCUCAGGGUCUUUGGUUUGAGCCCCAUCAGGCUCCCGCUCAGCAGUGAGUUGGCUUCUCCCUCUACCCCUACACCAAUCAAACUUCCUGCUAGUGCUCUUUUUCUCUCAAAUAAAUAAAUAAAAUCUAAAAAAAGAAACUGCUUUAACCAGGCUGCUCAGGAAUUACUGGAUUCUGGAAAAGUAAUUCAUCUGACCAUGUUCAAAAGCAUACUAACAUAGACACCCAGAUGGCAUGUGAUUAUUUUAUGCUGCUCUGUACAUUUGUCUGCAUAACUCUGGAACAAGGCAUUCUGUCUUGGAGGGUAGGUGCCUCAAAAGAUCAAAUAAAGCUCAACAGUUUGGUGGGUAUUGAAUUUGGGCAAAGAGACCUCAACCAUUUUUUUUUUUAACUUUUUUUUUCUAAAAAAAGAAAACAUUGGUUAAGUUCUGCUGGGAGAUACAGGCAAAAAUUCUUGGCUAUGUUUUAGCAAUGUAGUCUUACAGGGUUGAGUGUGCUUAACAGAAGGUUACUAAGUUGAAUGGAGAAAAGUACAUGUAAUUUGUGCUUAUUGUAGAAAAACUGAAAAUGAGUUAAAUUGAAACUAUCAUUCCAUUAGUUAGUGAUAAACCCUAUUAACUAUUUGUGUAUUUCCUCUCAGUACUGCUAUAUUAAAAUCAACAAAUACAUAUAAAAUCAAGAAAUAUAUUUUAAUAAACAUACAAUUAAUUCUG